UUCAUUGGUCAAAACAAAACAUAAUCAGGUGUUCUUUGAGUGACCUGUCAAACGAAUGAAAUAAUUGAUAAAGAAGAAACGAGGCAUAUUUGGAACAAAAGCAGUAAUCAUUCUACUUAGAAACGAAAUGAUUCUUCAAACAAUUGUUUUAAUAUGACAUUAUAUCGAAAUCUCUCGUAAAGAUGGACAAUUGAUGCGCCAUCAUAAUGGCAUCUGCAUCCAGCUUCAAAAUGAAUGAUGCUGAUAAAAACUUCAUUCAUCGUAAUUGAAACCCUACUGAAAUAUGGAGAUAGUUGGUGAUUACGAAUACAACAGGAAAGAUCUCAUUGGGCAUGGCGCUUUUGCUGUUGUCUUCAAAGGGAGAAACAGAAAGAGGCCUGAUAUGCCAGUUGCCAUCAAAAGCAUUACAAAGAAGAAUCUGGCUAAAUCACAGAACCUUCUCAGCAAGGAAAUAAAAAUACUCAAGGAACUGUCAGACUUACACCAUGAAAAUGUUGUAGCACUUCUUGACUGUAAGGAAACUACAAACCAUGUUUACUUGGUCAUGGAGUAUUGCAAUGGUGGAGAUUUGGCAGAUUAUCUUCAAGUCAAAGGUACCUUGAGUGAAGAGACCAUUGCUGCAUUCCUUAGACAAAUAGCUGCUGCCAUGAAAGCUUUAAAUGCCAAGGGGAUAGUACACAGAGAUCUGAAACCACAGAACAUAUUGUUAUGUCAUAGUGGUAAACCUAACCCACAGGCUUCAGAGAUGAGGCUCAAAAUAGCUGACUUUGGAUUUGCAAGAUUUCUUCAAGAUGGUGUGAUGGCUGCUACAUUAUGUGGUUCUCCUAUGUAUAUGGCCCCAGAGGUGAUCAUGUCCCUACAGUAUGAUGCUAAAGCAGAUCUAUGGAGCAUAGGGACAAUUGUGUUCCAGUGUCUGAAAGGCAAAGCUCCAUUCCAAGCUCAGACACCCCAACAACUUAAACAUUUUUAUGAAAAACAUGCUGAACUUAAACCUAAUAUCCCCAAGGAUACCUCACCAGAACUAAGAGAUCUAUUGUUGAAGAUGUUAAAACGUAAUGCGAAAGACAGAAUUGAUUUUGAGGAUUUCUUUGUUCAUCCUUUCUUGAAACCGCCCUCACCGUCACCUUCAUCUGCCUCAUCUCCUGUUCCAGUUCCUGGGAGAAGUAGUCAGGGUUGUUCCUCGGAAAGUCCCACACCUCCUCGCUGUGUGUCAGCUUCACCACUGUCUGGAAAAGUGCAAUAUUCUCCCCCACCUUUUAAACCCCCAAUUGCCAAACAAGAAGAUUUAGAACCUAUGCAGACCUCUCAGGAACCUAAUGGAUUUGAGAAAAUAGAAAAAGAUAACAGGUGUGAUAGUCCUGCUGGAGAUGAUUUUGUACUGGUACCUGGUGGAUUACAGGGAGAUAACUCAGAUAAUAGUGAUAGAAGUUCAGGAGAAGGACUUAAAAACACUCCAUCACCAUCUCACAGAGCUACAAUUAGUCCCAAGUCCAAAACAGUUAAAUUCUUAAAGACUGAAGAACAGACUAGUCCAAAUAGACCCUCCAGCUUACCAAUGCAUGUAGGCCAAGCAGGAUCUUCAGAGCCCAUUCCUGUACCAACUCAGGUUAAUGCCUACAAAAGGAUUAAGUCUGGUGGGUCCUUCAGUAGUCCACCUAAAGACAUGGAUAUAUCACCAUCUAGCUCAGCUAAGGAUAUGGAUAGAAAAAGCUCUUUAUCUAAAGCAUCUUGUGCUGUAGAUGUUGGAUCUAUGUCUCCUCCUGCAGUGAAAUUUUCAAUUGGAACACCUCCAAGCUAUGCUGGCUAUAUAAGGAAGAACAGUAUGGGGACAUCCCCUGGUUCCAAUAUCAAUGUGUCCCCCUCCAACUCACCUCACAGAAGAAAUAGCUGCACCUCUCCUAUGAAUCACGGAUUAGGAUCACUUCCUACAAUAAUGGGAUCACCUACAAAGUUUGGAGGAAAGUUCAUUGGCAGUCCUAGUCCAGAUGAUAUGGGUACAGAGCCAGUUCAUGCUGCUUUUGGUCAUUCAAGAACUAAAACAUUACCAGAUAACAUGGCUACUAUUCCAUUUUCAAGUGAAGUAAACCGUGUGAAGAAAAAUCUAUGGCAACAGAGAUCUAAGACUGAAACCAACAUUGCAGAAAACUUAAGUGGAGGCAGUAGUUUCCUGGCAGAACAGCUGAGAAGAGCUGUUAUUAAUAGUCAGCAAGGUUCUAACCCAGGAGCAGUAAUGCAGUAUGGCAGUUUAGGUAGUUUAGGCAGCAGCAGAGAGAGAUUAUCCUCUCCAAGUAAGGAACGAUGUGGGUCAUAUGACUCAGAGAGGUCAGGGCUCUACCUUCAGAAAGUGGCCAACUCCCCAUCACCACCUAUGCUGUUUGCUCAGUCUCCACCUAACAUGCAAGGACCUGUGGCAUUCAUAGCCCCUGGACUCAAUGAAGAAACUCUCAUGGAUGAUAACCACAAUGAGACAAUGGGAAAACUAAGUUUUGUAAAUGACUUAGUACAAUGUGUUAUGGAGCUAGCUCAAUCCAGAGGUGGACCAUUGCACUCGCUGGCAGAAUCUGUUAGUAUGCAUCAGGGUGAGCAAUUGCAAGAUCAGCCACCUAGAUUUACAGAAGCUCAAAGACGACUUGAACAGUUAGUGUUAUACGUCAGAGCUUUACAUCUGUUGUCAUCCUCUCUACAGUUGGCACAGAAAGAAAUCAAGUCAGAGAGAUUACAAGUCUCUAAAUCCUUAAAAACAGUGUUGAAGGAAAUGAAUUCUAAUUACCAUAAAUGUUUGUCAGUGUGUAAACACAUACAACAACGAAUGGGUACGGCCAUCCAGACUGCACUGACGCCUCAGUUACUGGUCGCCACUGCUGACAAACUAAUCUACAACCAUGCCAUUGAAAUGUGUCAAACAGCAGCAUUAGAUGAAUUGUUUGGUAAUCCCCAAGAGUGCUUCAGGCGAUACCAGAGUGCUCACAUACUUCUUCACAGCCUAUCUCAACAGGCUAGAAAUGUCAAGGACAGAUAUCUUAUAAAUAAAUAUAAAGACACUGUUGAGAGAAGAUUAACAAAUAUACAGAAUACACAGACAUUCAUGCAUCCAUAUGAGACACCUGUCAGCUGAUAAUGUCACAAGUUAGAUAUUUCCCUGAAAAUGACCUUUACAUGUGACAAUAUUUCAACUUGAUUCCAUUGUGACCAAUCAUGAUUCCAAUACAAUGUCCGGUUAUGAAACAAAACUGAAUCGGAUAUAAUAUACAUGGAUAAAAAUCUUCCAGCCCUAUGCAAUUGUAGCGUUCUACAAAUAAAAGGAUAACAGCACAGUUUUUCAAGUAUCUUAGACAUGGAAUUUAGUUUCAAAUUGUAUUGUUGCUUUUAAUUCUAAUUCUUAUUUUGAAAAUAUUUGAUUGUCUUAUUAAGUAAGCAAAGCGCUUCAUAUACAUGUAGCAUUGUCACAGAGGUGAAGUAUUUUGUGCUUAAGGAUAAGGAUAGAAGCUUUAAGAUUGAUUGUAAAUGUUUGUUAUGACUUAUUUAUUGUUAGUUGUAGUUUUGUGAGGUAUAAAUCCAGCUUGUGUUCUUUUUAUGUGAUAUUAUGAAGUGAUGAAUGGACGAGUUAACACAAAUACAAAUUUUGUAUGUCGUGUAUAAGAGAAGUUUUUACAAGUAAUGUUUCCAUCUGAUAAACAUUUGCCUUUGAAUUUUUCCAUUAGAAAUGACAAAGAUCUAGGGACUUACGGAUGACAUUGAUAUCAUUAUUGACAGGGGGAGAGAGAAAAAAUUCCCUGUUUUUACAUUAUUAUUUAUUAUUAAUUAUAUUAUUAUGUUUUAUUUAUUUUACAUUUAUAUGCUUUUGGAGUAGCUUAAAAGAAGGGAAGGCAAAUGUUGACUGUUACCAGUUUAUAUUUGACUGAAUACGUUAGGAGUUUUUAUAGGCAAAGAAGUAUUUAUUUUUAGUUCAGGGGUUUUCCUGAAUUUAUUUAUAUGGGGAGUUAGAAAGCAUUGAUGGGUUGUGGUUGUUUCUGACUAUCAGAGUUAAGAAGGGAAUUAAAUAAUCCAUAACAAUUUUACCCAUGUUGGAUUCAUAAAGAAAAAAAAACAAUGAAUAUAUUCAAAGUAAUAUGAUGUUUAGGUUAUCCUAAUCACCGAUAUAGAGAAAUUUUGAAAUUCAAAUAGGGUAAAUAUUUUAAUUUAUAUGGUUCCUUUUAUAAAGUGUAAAAAUAGUUCAUCGGAAAAUCAAUAUUUAUAAAGGACUAAAUAAUAUAGUAUUAUAAAUCGCAGAAAAGGAAGAACUCAUGAAUAUGCAACAGCGAAAACUUGGAUGCCGUAAAAAAAAAAUUAUUUUCUGUAAAAGAACUAUUUAUAGAUUAUAUGAAUAAGGUAAAUUAUUGAAAAUCCAUCUGUAAGAAAAAUCAUUUUCAUAUCUAUCAUACCACACAAUGUAUGUAAUCAUGUAUACAUUUUCUGCUGUCGCUAACAUUAUAUACAAGUACAACAACUCAGGGAAUUGUAUAUACCGCAUAAUCAUUCAAUUUUGAAUUAGGACAGAAAUAUAUGGAAAAUCAAGACAGAUAUGUUUAUAAUUGAGGAUAUAAACACGUAAUGAUUAUUGAAAGAUACUGGAAUAUUUAUAUGUAUACUACAGAUCUUCUAAGAUUCAUAUAUUUUAUAGAUAGAUAGAUAAAUUUAAACUUUGUGACCUAGUCUGUUAGAUGAAGACUUAUUUAAAACAUACAGGUGAUCUGACGGAUUACUGACCUACAUCAUUCUUAUGGAUUAUUCUUAGCAGACGACGUUCUUUCAUGUUUGUAAGGAAUACAUUAUUUGGAAGACGAUAUACUUACAUGUAUGUAAAUAAUACAUUAUUAUUUGACAUGUAAUGCAAUCAGAAUUGAGAAUUGUAAUUUUGAUGUAUGCAUAAAGUGAAAAUAAUUUUGUGCCAAUUUAAGUGCAAUUCAAAGAGACUCUUUAUGGAAGAUAGUUUUUGUGUGCAGUGAACUAUGAUUGCAACAAAAUGGACUUCCUUAUCUCUCGUCAAAAAUAUGAACAGAUUGUGAAGCAAUUUGUGAAAAUUCAUGAAUGAACUGUGAUGCUAUUCUUGAAACAAGGAGAUCUGUCUGAAAACUAAACCAUGUGAUUUAAUCAUGUGACAAAUGUGAUACACAAAGAUGUGAUAAACAAAGUUUGAUCAGCUUGUCAUGUAAAUAAAACCGUUUAUUAUAUAAGAUUUUUUAGAAAAUAGUUGAAUUUUAUCACAUGUAAUCAACAGCAUUUGAUUCUAAGGAAAAUGUAAUAUGGUGGUCCAUUUUCUCUGGUACUUUCAGUUGAUAUUAUUUGCAUUUUCUUUUUUUUUGCCAAAUACAUUGCAAACUUGCCAAUUCCAAAUUCCUUAAGUUUCAAAUUUGUGUAUCAUUUGCUUCAUUAUUUAAAUCAUUCUUAUUUAUUUUCAAUGCACCCGAAAUAAUGAAAUUGUAUAAUAUAUAUGUAUGAAACUGCUUAAACUCGUUUUGAUUUUUUAAAGGCAUUUUAAUUCAUUGUCCAUGCAUAUUUAUAGUUAUGUCAACAUAUAUAAUUUUCUUACAUGUUCGUUUAGUUUAGUUACCCAUAUUAGUUUGUAAAUAUCUUAGAGAUCUCGGUUUUUUUUUGCUGUAGUUUUAGUUAUUUUUAAGCAAUCAUUUAAUUUGUUUUUUGGUGCUUGGAUAGUAUUAUUACAAAGCCUAUAUGUCACCUUUUGCUUUCCUAAUAGGAUUAAGUCAGUGGUACAUAUUUUAAUAAAUUACAUUAAUGUCGUUUUUAUGUUUUAUAUAUAAAGUCUUUCAAAAUUGUUGUUAUACACAGAGUGCAAGAGAAAGGGAUAUUUGUGUGUUUACCUGUAGUUGUCUUGUAGUUUUAAAAAUCAUAAGCCUUGAACACAUGAUUUGCAUAUUGAAUGUGAUUUUAUUUGAACACAAGCUUCUGCUUAAUUUAAGCUUUCUAGACCAGAAUGCUUUUUGAAUAUUAAAAAAGCUGAUAAUUUUUGACAGCUUGUAUCAGUUUUUCUUAUCAUAUCAUAUGUAAGUAAAUUCAUUUUACUAUUAACUUAAUUUGUACAUUGUUAGAAUCAUUUAUAAAUAUUUUCACACCAGUAAGGUACUUUUAGACUGUCUCAUUUUAUAUAUAGACCAGGAAGUAAAAUAAGAUGUUCUGUACUCGACAAAUUUACUUUGCUAAUGAUAGAUGCAAGACUUUGUUGCUCUUGAUUAAUGAAGAAAUUGUACUCCUUGAUAACAUAUGGCAACAAUAACCUAUCAUGUAUCAACUUCUCUGUGCAUUAAUUUUAUAACAAGGCAAUUUUAAAAGUCCGAUGUGAUGAUAUCUAUCUAAUUUCUGUUUAUUUUAAUUGUGUUAUCAAAACUAGAAUAAAAUCAAAGAUGAUAUAUCAACAUGUUUAUUAUGAACUUAUUUAAAAUUCAAUCAAGAAUAAUAGACCCUUUAGGUAAUACACCAAAAUUAUUGUUUUAUCAACUAAAGAGAAUUAUCUUAAGGAAUUACAGCUCUUUACAUAAUGCUAGCAAGACAAAGGUUUGUUUGGCUUGCUUGCUUUGUUUGUAUCAAUGUUUGCUCAAGCAUUGUAAUUAAGAUUGACAUAUGAAAACAACAUAAAAAGGUGGAUUUAAACUUGUAUACAUUAUAUUUAAAUUUGAUUGGGCAUUAUCAAAUAAUCAAAUUUACCUAUACACAGGUUGAACUGCGCCUACUUAUAUUGUUUGCAGCUGUCAAUCUUAAUUACAAUGCUUGAGCAAACAUUUAUACAAACAAAGCAAGCAAGUCAAACAAACCUUUGUCUUGCUAGCAUUAUGAAAAGAGCUGUAAGUUGAUUGAAAUUGACAGAAUUUAGAUUUUUGCAUCAAGAUGUGUAAGCUGAGGCUAAGAACUCACUUCAGCACAAUGUAAUUCCUAAAUUUGUUUAGUUUUUAACAAUGCAUAUUUAUGUUAGAGAGUAACUACUGAUUAAUGUUAUUUAUUUAUCGUUGAUGUUUUUAAUUAUUUUAUUAGUAGCUUAGUAAUGUGAUGCAAGUGCAAUUUAAUUUGAUAUGAUAAUCUGAUGCUAACAAUAGAUUCUAUGGAUAUUGUCAAUUAUUUGAGAAUUUGAUUUAUAAUUAUUGCUUACGAAGCUAAAAAUAAACAAUAAAUAUUGAUGAUAAAAAUAUUUGAUUUGGCAUUUCAAUCAUGAAUUUAGAAUUUUGUGUUUAGAAAUACCAGUGUACUGAAAACGUGAACCAAGAAAUGGUUGAUUUGAGUAUGGGAACCAAUGAAACAAUUGUGAACCAAUAAAACUAUGAAAACAAAUCAACGAUUUUAUCAGUCUUUACUUAAGUUACAUUGAAUAAGAAGAGUUUUAUUGUGAUUCUGUUAGUUUAUGUUGAUUAACUUAAGCUAAAUUUUGCAAAGUGCUUUUUUGAAAUCCAACCUUUUUAAAUCAUUAGGCUCAAGAACAUUCCAUACCAGAUGUAUUAUUAAAGUCAUUCAUGUUUUAAUGAAAGUCUAUUCAAGGAAUAAAUUAAUGUUAUAUAAAAUAAUUGAAUGAAUGAUUAAAUAUUUAAUAUAGGGUAGUAACUUCUGGUACCAUGAAGAAUAAAUGGGAAUGUUGACUCUCAAAUAUGUUAAUUGAAAGUUCAUAAUUUCCAUGGUAAUUGAAUAAAUUCUCAGAUGAAAGAAUAAUUAUGUUUCAUGGUGCUGAAGUCCUAUUCAGACUCUUGGAUUGGUAAUCUCAUGUAACUUUAUGGUGUCUUACUUAUUGUGCUACUACUAACUUAAAGCAUUUUAUAUAUGAAUUGAGAAGAAAAUUAAGGACAUGAUGGCAAUAAGUGAUAUACCUCUCCAAUGUGUUUUAUGUAUCAUAUUUAUUUAAAAGAUGUGAAAUAAAAUCAUAAAACAUCAGA